GCAGUCUGACACCCGGCAAAAAUUAUACCUACCUACUUACCAUCCGCUGAAUCGACACGGGCGAGCGAGACGAACUUCUCGCAGAGGGAUACGAAGACAAAAACAGAAGCCGGCAAAAUGCAGACCAACUUGGACGCGCGACCGCCUGUCGCGACUCCGCUGCCCCCCGUCGUGGACCAGCGAGACUCCGACCUCCCGUCCACCACAAGUGUCGAGGAGACGGCUGCCAGCAGAACAACGAUCUUCGACGCAAAGGCGAUAGCCACAGCGGUCACCUGCCCGGCGGCCGCGACGGAGCCGGCUCCCCCGCCGUACUGGGAGCAGAGCAUCGACGCGGACCUCGCCCGCUACGCGAAGCGGGGGAGCACAGCGCCGAGCCACCCCCUGGUGACGGGGCUCGUGGACAUCGCGAAGGCGGCCGCCCUGCUGGCCUCGGCCGCGUUGAAGGUCAACCUGGUGGCCGGCCACGGCCUCGUCAUGGUGCUGCACCACGUCCCGGUCCUGUACGGCGACGACACGGUCCGCCCGUGGCCCGAGAUCGAGGGCUUCCGGUCCGCGUGCGCGGCCGGCUCCGACGCCAUUUGGUACGGGUUCCGCGACGGCCUGGCCGACUGGGUGGUGCUGCCGUACAAGGGCGCGAAGCAGGAAGGCGUCCACGGCUUCCUCAAGGGGUUCGCGAAAGGCGUCGGGAGCAUCGCCUUCAAGAUGCCCGCAGGCGUCGUCGGCUUCGCUAUGCAUCCACUCUACGGGAUAUACAAGGAGAUCUCAAAGUCCAAGCUCCUCAUCACACGCGAGAAGAGGUCGCGGGCAACGAUCGCGUCCCCCGUCUAGUAUCGAGCCGGAGUAGACCCAGUACGCUAAUCCGCGGUCCACAGUGCCCUUGACCCGGGAUCGGGGCGGCUUGUGGGGAAUUAAUGUUGGAGGUAACGGAGCGACGAGAGAAUCGAUAUGGAGCCAUCCGUGUCAGUGAUGCGGGGCUCUUGAGGAAACAUUCGGGACAAUAUAUCGCAACGACACCGAAGCUGGCAAAUUUAUUUCGUGGUCUAUCU